GGAGCAAGGGAUCGCCCCGGGGGCGCCCAGCGCAGGAGCGUCCCGACGCGCGCUUGCUCAGGAGUCGGUCCCACCGUGCUCGAGGGGGUGGAGCGCUCACGCCCAGGGAGAAGGUGAAUGCUAGUGGACUGAAUGCGUCUGAGCUGCUUUGAGAACUUCCAAGAAGACAACAUGGAUAAAAUUCUUGAAGCUAUCCUGGUAUCUUCAUACCCCGAUCACAUGAAGCAAGGGCUGGUGAGGCGUAUCAUAGAGGCUUUAAAGAGGACCAUGGACAGUGAGCAGUGUUGGUCAAUGCUGGAACUUUCUACCAAGCUCUUUCUCCUGGGUGACACUAAGUUCAAGCGGUCAGUUGGCAAAGAGAUUCUGGAGGUCUGUGGCCUUUAUCACCAGGAGGCUUUUGAGGAAUUCUUCAAUGCUCAGUUCCUCUUAAGCCUCCUCCAGGAAGGCUAUGGACCCCUUGGCAAAAGAAGCCUGUAUAUGUUUGAUUACAUCCAUCUUGGACUGCCCUUUGUGAUGGAUGGCCCAUCGGCCAAUGACAUCUUCAGUCUGUUGAGAACCGAAGUCCUACGGAAAAUCUGUGAAAGGCCAGGCCUGAAGCAAUGUGUGAAGAUCAGUAGGCUCUUAAUCCAGUACCCUCUGUGCAUACCCACUGGCAAACGCCAGAUCCUUUUCUGCCAGCAGCUGGUCCGAUGCAUUGGACAGUUCCACACCACUUCAGGAAGAGAAGAAUGCAUCAUGGACUUCUUGGACCAGGUGAUCCAAGUCAGCCUUUUGCUGCAGAAAAUCUGGAAGACUCAAUUGGCAUCCAUUCUCCCCUCUUUGAAGGAACUCUUCACCAUCAUUUCAGCAGUAGAAGACCAGGAUCCAUCUAUUGCCUUAGCCAGUGUGGUCCAGUACGUUCCUCUAGAACUCAUGGACAGCACCCUAAGAAAUCUCACCAAUGAUGACAGCAUAACUGAUCUUCAGAUGAUGACAGCGAUAGGAAGGAUGAUUGAAUGGGUCUCAUGGCCACUGGGGAAGAACCUAGACAAAUGGAUCAUAGCCUUGCUGAAGGAUUUGGCAGCAGUGAAGAAAUUCAGCAUCUUGAUGGAAGUCACACUGUCCAAAAUUGAGCGAGUGUUUUCCAAGCUGCUCUACCCUAUUCUAAGAGAAGGAGCUCUCUCUAUUCUGCGUUACAUGUUGCUCAGCUUCCAGCACUCCCACGAAGCAUUUCACCUGCUUCUUCCGCAUAUUCCCAGAGUGGUCGCUGCCCUUCAAAAGGAAAACUCCAAUUCGGCAUCGCGGUGCUUGGAGCAGCUGGCUGAACUCAUCCACUGCAUGUUCUUCUGCUUCUCCGGAUUCCCAGAUCUCUAUGAACCUCUGGUGGAAGUGAUAAAAGCUCUCCCGAUUCCCAACGAAGACCGCAUUAAGCACCUGCUGGGGCAGAACGCUUGGACCUCCCAGAAAAAUGAGUUGGCUAACUUCUAUCCUCGCUUAGCUUCCAAAUCUGAAACUGGGAAGAUUGGAUUAAUUAACCUUGGGAAUACCUGCUACAUGAACAGUGUCCUCCAAGCUCUCUUCAUGGCCUCAGACUUCAGGCGGUCAGUGCUGAAUUUAGCCGAGAACAACUCCCAGCCUCUAAUGGCAAAACUACAGUGGCUCUUCGCCUUUCUCGAACACAGCCAGCGGCCUGCCAUUUCCCCCGAAAACUUCCUUUUGGCUUCGUGGCCACCCUGGUUCACCCAAGGCGCCCAGCAGGAUUGCUCCGAAUACCUGAAAUACCUGCUUGAUCGGCUUCAUGAAGAAGAGAGGACAGGUAGAAGGAUUUGCCAGAAACUCAAGGCAUGUUCCUUGGGGUCUCCUGCGGAUCGGCAGCACUCUGCAAACAAGACCCUUGUUGAAAAAAUGUUUGGUGGCAAAAUUAAGACAAAGAUCCGUUGCCUGAAGUGCCUACAAGUCUCCUCCAGAGAAGAAGCCUUCACAGACCUCUCCUUGGCUUUUCCGCCAGCUGAUGACCACAGGGCUGGACUUGUUAGCAGUGCAUUUAUUGGGUCUGUAGAAGAAACGUGCCCAGAGGUCUCUCAGUUGAGGAUCCAUACCCAAAGCAGGCUGAAGGAUUUGCCAAAUAGAUCAGGGAAGCUGUGGGCCCUUGGGGAGAAUCUUUCCAAAGGUUUACCCAUUGAAAUGGUUGGGCCAAAAAAUGAAGAGGCCUCUCUCCCCUUGAGGUCUGAGCAAGAUGCUGUUGAAGUGAAGCCCAACAAAGAAUUUGACCUGGCUUUACAGAAGCAGGUUUCUGGCUCUCAGGCCUCCAGAUCUGUCCCUGACUUGAUAAAUUAUUUCUUAUCUCCUGAAAUGCUCACAGCAGAGAACAGGUAUCACUGUGAGAACUGUGCGUCCCUUCAAGAUGCUGAGAAGCUGACCGAACUGACUGAGGGGCCUCACUACCUCAUCCUCACCCUGUUGAGGUUCUCCUUUGACCUUGGAACUAUGAGAAGGAAGAAGAUCCUUGACAAUGUCUCAGUCCCAUUGAUGCUGAAGCUGCCGGUCCUCAUGUCCUCUGAUCCAGCGAGGACACCUGGAUGGACUUCGUCAUGCAAGGAGUUUGCUUCUGUGGUAUAUGAUCUCUGCAGUGUGGUGGUCCAUUCUGGUGUCUCCUCAGAAAGUGGCCAUUACUACUGCUAUGCCAGGGAAUGCGAGGACCCGGCCACAGAGAGCCUUUGUAAGGACACCACUUGGAAUGUGGCUUCAGCAAAGUCUUCUGAUGUUGAGAUCCAGUGGUACAUUUUUAAUGACACCAGGGUCUUCUUCUCUUCUUUUGAAUCUGUAAGUAAUGUGACCUCCUUCUUGCCUAAAGACACUGCUUAUCUACUGUUCUACAGACAGAGAGCAAGUCAGGCCUCAAAAGGAGCUGGCGUGGAGUCUGGCUGGACAAACGGAGCCUUACAUUCUCCAGAUAAAAGCCUGAUGGACGCAAUUGCAAAGGAUAAUAUCUUAUUCUUGCAGCUGGGUUUUGUGUGUGUGUGUAUCUGUGUGUGGUUUUUGCGUGGGUGUGUCUCUCUUUGGAUUCACAGGAACAAGAAAAAGAAGCCCGGAAUAGGAACGCUUACAUUUCAGCCUUGCCUAAAUCUUCUGUUUGGUGGAAAGACCUUGAUAGAGAUGACGACGAUGAAGGUGCCUCCGGAGGUUGUGGCCAUGACUCCAGUGGAGGAGGAUCGGGGUCUUUCCAUGGACUGGUCUUUUAGCUCCUGUGCCCAAAACAAAUGGUCAAUCCUGCAACCAUCACGUACGAACUCCCUACCCUUGACCUUUUGGCCUCGGAAGUCUGACUAAGCAGUCCAAGAUGAGCGAGGGAGAAUGAUCAUAUUCUGUUCUUCCCUAAAACUAUGAAAAUGCUGUUUUCUGGAGCAAUUGUGGUCAGGCUCUCAAUCCCUCACAGAAUUGCACUUCCUGGAAAGAGCGGGAAGAAGGUGCCACAUGUUCAACUUCUGUAGCCUACCAAAUUGCCCCUCUCUAUGGGCUGUCCUCAUUGGAAGGGUGGGAAAUAUUCCUUGUGACCUCUUUAGUGGGUAAGUUCUUUGUCUAUUCAGGGAGUGUAUCUCCGGACACAAAGCUUAAUGUGCGACACAAGGAAAUGUCUGCCUUUUCAAAGCAAAGUUGAGAGAGAAGAGAAAUAUUUUUGGUGACUAGCAUAAUUGUUUUCCAAGGAUAUUCGAAGGGAAAUAGUGUCCGCCCUUUGAGGUAGGCUUGGUCAAGGAAGAGGCUCAGCAAGGAUUCCAGGAAUGCUGUUGUUGCAGGUAUAAUAACAAAACCUCGAAAGCCUGUCACUCUGUUCCACCUUAUACCAAACAAAGCUGUUUUGAGUUUCUUUCUCACACUUCCUUCUAUCUCUGGGCUAUGUAAUCACUUCUCCAAGCCUGCUCUUAACAGCUCUCACAUCCUUUCCCCAAGCUCAUCUCUAAAUUCCUUUACAAACAGGAUGUUUGAGAUAAGGCAAUCUGGAGGUUUGCUUAUUUAAUCACUGUGGGCAGUCAUGGGUACUUAAGUGCUCCAUGUUUAAUAGUAAAACGAUAAACCUC